UGUCAAACUACACGAGAAAGAGCAAGGAAACUGACGACGACGGCCAACCAAUCAGCCAGCUAUCGAAAAGAGCAAAGAAAAGUGUCCAUCUCAAUCGUUGCAAAGCAAUUUUCCGCGACUACGAAAUAAUUCUGCAAAAUUCCGUGUUUAUCUAGCGUUCCAGCAACAAUAUUCCACUUCCGGCUGGUCCCCGAAACUGUGGACUACAGUUUACGCUAGAUACAACACACACCCCUUCACCAGCCUGUGUCACGUUCUGCCACCUGUUCUCACUUCCAUACAGUAAAACCGAAUAACAAACGUAAAUAUGUUUAUCUGGGAUUGGUUUACUGGUGUGCUCGGUUAUUUGGGUCUCUGGAAAAAAUCGGGCAAACUGUUGUUCCUCGGGUUAGAUAACGCUGGCAAGACGACACUACUGCACAUGCUCAAGGAUGACAGAUUGGCGCAACACGUACCAACGUUACAUCCCACAUCUGAGGAGCUAUCCAUUGGCAAUAUGCGAUUCACUACGUUUGAUUUGGGUGGACAUACGCAAGCCCGUCGUGUUUGGAAGGAUUACUUCCCUGCAGUGGAUGCGAUCGUAUUCUUGAUUGACGCAUGGGAUCGCAGUCGUUUCACUGAGAGCAAGAACGAGCUGGACUCCCUGUUGACCGACGAAGCUCUAUCAAACUGUCCCGUGCUGAUUCUGGGCAAUAAGAUCGACAAACCCGGAGCGGCCAGUGAAGACGAACUGAGGAAUCACUUCGCCCUGUACCAACUGACCACUGGCAAGGGUAAAGUAGCACGUAACGAACUGCCCGGUCGUCCUCUUGAGCUGUUCAUGUGUUCCGUGUUAAAACGACAAGGUUAUGGAGAAGGUUUCCGUUGGCUCGCUCAGUACAUUGACUAAUGAUGGAGUGCGAGUAAUGCUUGCGCUAGGCUGAGACGAAAACGAUAGAACAAAGGCAACAGCGUAAAUGGUGCAGCAACAACAGCAGCAUGUGCUACACCCUCAGUGUUUAGGACGAACGAAUAACAGAGUUUUCGGGCGACGGGAUUAGAAAGUAUUUAGGGAUGCGUGAUAUUUAAUAAAAAAAAAAACAAGAAAAAUAGUUAAAAACCAAUUGAGCAUCUAGCGCAGUGACUACUUUUACAUCAACUACAUGCCCACGAAUUAGCCAUGUCGAUUAUCGCAUUCUCGGACGUUGUACUUGACUUUAAAUGAUGGACAACAGUUUACAAUUAUCCAUAAACCAUACGAUAGAGAACUCUUUUACUCUUUGCUAUUACAGCUUCGUUGGUCUUAUUGUUCACGGUAUUUUUUUUCUUUAAUAGUGCAUUAUAUAUUUUUAUAAAUGUUCGCUGCAAACUGGGCAUUUUAUUCACUUCCAAACCAAUAGGCAAACCCUUCAUACAGAAAAGACAUAGAAAAUCUCGCAGUUGAAUGAGCGUGUGCAUUAGUGAAAUCUACAGAAACUUGAAAGUAAACAAAAACAGACAGACCAUACAAACAUCUACCAAUCAAUAAUAAUAAAAAAUAAAACUUCGAAAUUUUUAGAUAUAAAA